AUGAGCGGGACACCUCCACUCUCCCCGCCGAAGACUGGCACCGGCGAGCCGCCGAAGCGCACGCCGCGGCCGCCGGACUCAGGUGACGGCCGCAACCAGAAAAACAGUAGUACGAGUAGUAGCAGUAGCAUUUUUCCGCCAAGAGGCGCAGGGCGCCUGCGGCUUCCUCCGCCACUACCGCCGGUGAAGGGAACCGGCACGCUGGCUCCGCCCACGGGUGCGGGGACUGUGCCCGCGCCUAGUCACCCCCCGCUGGGGCGUCUCGCGCCGUUGCAACGAAACUUGGACGGGGCUGAAGGGUCGGCCGCGGCACGGCAGUCCCCACCGCCGCGGAACCCGGGUAAUGCCUUCAUGCCGUUUCCAGGCGAAGUACCGGAGGUGGAUGAGGGUGGAAAUGAGCACAGCAACAAUACCGCUGGUAGUGUUCAAAGCUCACAAGCACACGUCAACCCGCUCUCGCCAUCACGAGAGCAGCAGCAGCAGCAGCAGCAGCAGCAGCAAAGUCAAUCGACGCCCCCAAGGAAGCCAACUGAGACUGCGGGCACUUCAUCGACGCGAUCGCGUGUGUUGAUGACGCCGUCUGCGAGUCAACAAGAGGCACGAACAAAAAGCGCCGUUUCUGGUGAAGAAGCAGUGGAAGUGUUGUGCCCUCUGCAAACGCAGACGCGCCCAACCGAACGCUUCUUUGUAGAGUUUAAUCCAGGCAACAUUGGGGGGGAUAGAGGUGGUGGCGUGGAGGUAGAUGAAGACGCGCUACUUUUUGAUCGGUUUGCGGAGUACACCGACGAUGAUUCCUUCUUUUCGUCAGGUUCUUGUGUACUUGAGCAGGACCCACGCCGUCUGCAAAAAGACCUGUUUCGGGAGCGGGCAGUGCGUUCUGUCUUUGACACACUGAACUUGCGCGCCCUCACCCGCGGACGGACACCGCAAGAGUUGGAGGACAGUGACCGAGGGAAUGCAAGUUGGAUGUUUCAGGUUCACCAACGUGCCGUGGCGCUGCAUCACUCGUCCUUUUUUGUCUUUCCCCCAGGCAUGAAGGCACGUGUGGUGGCGUAUAAUGUGAUGCACCAUUGGCUCAUGGAGUUUCUAAUUAUACUUAUUAUACUUGGUUAUUCCAUCUUUACUGCCUCAUGGGCGCGCUACACGGCCCCGGAGUCGGACAAACCGGACUUUAUGGUCUUUGCCGACGUCUUUUACACGGUUAUUUACGGUAUAGAAAUUUUGGUGCGCAUGUUCGCAUCCGGAUUUGUCCUUCACCCACGUGCGUAUUUCCGUUCCCCGUGGCACUGGCUUGACACGGCGGUUUUUGUGCUGAUGGUGAUGAACUGUACCUAUUGGAGGUAUCUCUGGAACUUCACGGCCUUUCGUCUUAUUCGGGUCAUCAAGGCAUGCACCUAUCUUCCCUUCUCGACUCGGAUAAAACUGCUUGCCAAGUCUGUUUUGCGUUCCACAUGUAAACUGUUCCAGACCUCCGUAAUUCUUGUGUACGUGCUCUUUUUUUUUGCACUGAUGGGGUUGCAGUUGUUCCGUGGAGCCCUGCAUCAUCGGUGCGUCAACUCCGUUACGGGGGUCGCAACGGCGCAGCUCUGCCGGCCGGCGGCCACAGGAGACUACUGGUUUUACUGGGGCCACACCUGUGAGUCGGGAUACCUUUGCGUGGCGGACGCGUCUCCCAACCCGCACUACGGCUUCCGCAGCUUUGAUGACGUGGGGCAUGCGCUGCUCUCGACGUUUCAAAUCAUGACGUUUCAGGGCUGGACGAGUCUGCUGGUGGAGACGAACGAUGCGGUGAACACCCUGGCGAUACUGUACUACGUCUUCACCAUCUUGUUCUGCGCGUGGUUUAUUCCUGGCCUCUACAUUGGCGUCUUUAUUGAGAAGAUUGAGAAGACGAGCCGUCUUUUCGUGCAGAAGCAGCUGCAGCUGUUUGACAGCAUGCUGCUGGAGCAGCGACAGCGCAUGACGAAGGCCAUUAAGCUGCACGACUUUGUCGAGCGUGACGAAAGCGGGCGGCUGCGACGUAGGGCACCUGAAGAAGUUUCCGGGAAUGUAAGCAGUCGCGCCGAAAACGUGGGCCCCCACGCCGGCAACGGAAACAACCUUGACGCCGCCUCUGCCCUCUCAUCGUGCAGCGAACGAAACGACGGUGGUGGCGGCAGCAUCAAGCGGCGCACCAAAUGGACGGACGAGCAACGGGUGCAGCUGCACCUCUCGCUCACGCGGCAGCGCGACAUUGCGGAAAAAUGCAACAGAAAGCGACGUGUGAUGUUCAAGGCGGAUGACAACGGCGUCGCUCACGCGAACGGAGGCGUCAAAACCUCCUCACAGUCUGCACACACAACAAGCCAGAUGGAGGGAGGUGACUUUGCUCUCGGCGGACGCGUGGGGAUGGUGCAGCACCACCCUCUCACCUACACGAUCGGCGCGUCCCAUGGCAGCAAGUUGCCGCUGGCCAUCCGCCUGGAGAAUGAGCAGGGGCGACUGCAGUUCCUGAGGUCCUACCAAAACCUGGAGGAAACGGAAGAGACGAGCCCUCAACGUAGCGCACCUCGUGUGGCACGGGGCAUCGGCGGCGGCACACCAAAUGCUGCGGGCACGCCAUUUAAGUUUCAUGCCUCUCCAAUGCAACGCGGCGGGGGUCACGUGGAGGAGUCGGGGACCAGUAUUAUUGCCACAAGAGAGUCCGCUGGUGUCAUUCCCAAUCGUCGGUCUGUGCAGGCGCGCGCCAACGGCAACGCCGAAUCUCCCUCAUCUCACACAAGUGCCUACUUUUCCGCUGCACACGACUCGGUAGCUGGAGCGUCGCAGCCGCAAGAGCUGCUUAUUAAUGACCCGGAGGGUGGUGACUUCCGCUAUGCCACAACGUGUGGGCAACGGUGGGGCAUCAUCCGGAACAUACUUCAUAUGUUUACCGAGGGUUACCCCCGUAUUCUUACACAAUACCUCUGGGAGCACAAACGCAUGCAGCGUCGUUUUGGUCUAUUACCCCUUAACUACGUGAAUAAAUACGAGGAGGCUGCACUGCGUAAAUUGCGUCAAAAACGCGCGCGACGAGGCAAAUUGGUUCGCCAAAACGACCACCUCGACGAAAGCGGCACAGACGACUAUAGUGAAAUAGAAGGAUAUAACAAUGAAGACUCAAACCAAGCCGAUGUUGGGCGUUUUUCGCCCAUAAAUAUGGCUAAAAAUAUCGUUGAGAAUGCGCGUGUGACUGUAUUUAAUUGGAUCAUGCUCUUUCUCGUGUUUGCCAACGGUGUAUUUAACGCAUCGCGUCAUUAUGGACAACCGAACAACUGGGAUGACGGCCUCUUCGUCGCGGGUGUUUGCUUUACCUCAUUGUUUAUGCUGGAGCUUAUCAUUCGCAUUAUAGCCUUGGGACCGGGCCCUUUUGUAUGUGACUUUUUCAACGUUCUUUGCCUUAUUGUGACCGUCAUUGGUUUCUUCGAAUUGGGCUUUGGCCACUCCAACAGCAUCACGGUGCUGAACUGGGUUCGUUUCCUGCGGCUUCUCCGUAUUGCGCCCUUUGCCCCAAUGCGGCGGGUCACACGCGUGCUGCUGCUUGGGUUUCAGGACAUUGUAUACGCCCUCAUCUUCUUCUCUGUGUACAUGUUCAUGUGGAUCCUCAUUGGUAUGGCCUUCUUCGGGGGCCGGAUGCGUCAGCUCGUCACUAGCAACGACGACUACAGGAGACUUGGCUCCUUUGACAUCUUUUCCGAUGCCGCGUUCGCCGUGUCGCAGGCGUUUUCGUACGAUCGUGACGAGUGGCUGUACCUGUCGUGGGAUGGGAUGCGGGCCCGCGGGGGGUAUACAAUCAUGUAUUUCUUGGCGGUUGUAGGUGUGGCGUUUAUAUUUCGCUACUUAUUCAUCGCCGUCUUUGCGUGGGCGUGGCAGCAAGAGGAAGAGAGCGAGGAUUACGCCCCACCCACGACGGGCAAACGUGGCCCGCAAUCCCGUGGAGCGCCGCGCCUGCGUUGGUUUGACUUCACGGUGUGGCGGUCUUUUAAGCACAUUCAUGGCGGCUUUGAGCGGCGUGACGUGGCACCGGAUGAGGUGUUCCACUUAAACCAAGAUAUGCGUCAGCAGCUGCGCAUUGCUGAGGCGAAGGAACGCUUCUCGAGGGAGAGCGUUGCCAGACGCGGCUUCUCCACGGACCCGCAACAGGUGUCUUCCAACAGCGUCAGCAUGGAUGGAAACCUUGCCUCGUACGUGAUGGCGGACACGCAACCCCCACAGGUGGUGGUGCCGCAGUUUGUCAACGUCGGUGGUCAGCUACAGCGGCAAAUGAGCAUGCCGAGCACGUUUGAGGAGCCACCACCGCCCCCUGUCAGUGCCCCAAUUUCCCAGUUUCAGGCAGAAAACGCUCAACUGCGCUUUGCGCGACGCUACAGCGCCGUCCCUGCAACGGCGUACCAUCAGACGGAGGGUGACGAGCUGCAUGCUGCAAACAUGUUACCCUUAGUCUCGACGCCGUCCGAUAUGGCGUUACAGAACAGCACUGGUUCUGCGGCCGACAUGGCAGCCGAGCUUGAAGGCUUUGCCCACCCACAGGGAGGGCGAACGCUGGGCGCACACGGAGUGCGUGGUUCCAGCUCCUUGCCGAAUGAUCGUCAUUCAAGUGUCACGGGGCACUUCACCACAUUGGGAUACGAAAAACCCACAGUAAUGAAAUACGGAGAGCUGAUGGAAGGUCGACCGCAGCCCAACGAGCCGGAAGAGAAGGGAUAUCGUGGGAACGUUCCUAUGACGGGGGGUGGCAUUGUGUAUGAGCACAUUCUCCUUCCUGGUCCACGUCUGCGCUACAAACACGUUAUGGUGGGACGACGUCGCCGUGUGUUUGAGCGUUGUUUGGACUGCAACACGCAUAAGCAGAUGCCGUUGCGAGCCCCACCAAACGUCCAGCAACGUACACCGGAUGAAUUGCAUGCCGAACAUUGUCAUAUGGCCGCCGUGCGAAGCUCACGUCAAUUGGUUUUAAAUACUAUUAUAGGAUAUGUCCGUUUACAGAAGGAGUUGGGAGGACCCCCGACACGGGAGGCCGUAGAAACCGUGCUUGGGCAAGCCUGGAGUUGUGGGAUGCUGCUCUUUGAUAGCAUUGAGUACCUUUCCUGCUCUGACAUUGAGGUCCGCGAAUACCGCACGUGGGAUCGGACUCUGGAGGCCUUGCAAUUGCAGCAGUGGUUAAUCGGUCUACACGUUGGAGAGGAGCAGGUGGGGCGUGCGACCCUUGCCUACAUCCUCGCCCACCAGAAGACGCAGGAGCGUGCUGCCGCCUACAGCUCAUUCCAUCGUUCGUGGCGGGACCGUUCUUUUUUCAUAUUUUCCCCCAGCAACCCGCUGCGUCGCUUUGUGACGGCCAUUGUGGAAUCGAGUUGGUUCGAGUGGCUUAUCCUUGCCGUCAUCUUCGCCGCCGCCAUCUGCCUCUGCUUCUACGACCCAAGGGUGGAUACCUACACCUCCGGGAAGUACGUGACGCUGCACGUUCUGGAUGACAUCUUUGCCGUCAUCUUUGCGGUGGAGAUGGUGUUGAAGUGGAUCAGCAUGGGCGUUGUGCUCGACCUUCACGUAGCGUACUUUUGGCGUCGGUGGAACAUUUUUGAUUGCUUUAUAACCGUCGUCUCACUGAUUGCCUUCGCGCCGGCGUACGCCCACUUUCGGUACCUCAAAGUCAUGCGAUGCUUCCGUAUUCUUGGACCCUUGCGCUACUGCAGCUUCAACAGGGAGCUCUCGAAACUCGCCCUGACCAUGUGGGACUCCGUUCCCACCCUGGCCAACGUAUUGCUGUUGUCUUUGUUGAACUACAUUGUGUGGUCCAUCCUCGCCGUGCGUCUAUUCAUGGGUCUGACGCACAGCUGCACUUCCCCGUCGUACCUCAACAAAACUUCAUGUGUGGACGCUGGUGAAAGGUGGAUUGGGCCGCAGCGUAAUUUUGACAACUUCUACGAAAGUCUUCUGACCAUGUUUGAGGUGAGCACAGGGUCCCAGUGGCUGGACGUCAUCUACCAGGGCGUGGAUGGGUGGUCGACGGAGUCGGCGCCGAUUGCUAACCGCCACCCAUCCAAGGGUCUCUUUUUCAUUGCCUACUAUUACGUCUCGCAUCUUGUGCUCUUCUCACUCUUUGCUGCCUCGCUGAUUUACUGCUACCUGCUCGCCAAAAACGCCGCGGAGGAUGUGACAGACAUCACGUUUGAACACCAGCUCUGGAUGCGCAUGCAACGCAUGAUUCUGCGCCUCAAGCCUCGUGUCGCGCUGAUACCGUUGGGUAACUCCUUUUCACGCUUUCUGCACCGAAUUGUGGUUCAUCCCUUAUUUGAAGUGGUGAUGGCAUGUAUACUCUUCUUUAACCUCAUCACAAUGUCGCUGUACUGGUACGACAACAGCUCGAGACAAGAAAAUGCCUUGGAUGCACUCCAAUAUGUAUGGGUCGCGCUCUUUACGGUGGAAAUACUCAUGCGACUCGCCGCCCACGGCUUGCGCGCCUUCUCACGCUGGUCGUUCUCAUUUAACGUGUUUGUGACUUGUCUUUCGUACCUCCAAAUUGGUUUGAAUACCACGGUCGACCACCACGUGCCGUUUAACGUCAACGUGCUUCGUCUGCUGCAUCUGGGGCGCAUGCUCAAGCUUGUGGACUUUUUGUUGCCACUGCGACACCACCUUCACUUACUGCACGAAGCAUUGCUGCUCUCCGCAUCUUCGCUUGUGAAUGUCACACUGAUAUUGGCGCUUGCCGUGUUUGUGUUUGCGGUGCUUGGCAUGCAUCUUAUUGGCCCCGUGGUUCCCGUUCCGGGCGGAUACAUUGAUGGGACCUACAACAACUUUCUGACGUUUCCCAAUGCUCUUAUGAUGGUGUUCCGUCUUGCCACGCUAGAGGACUGGGUCGCGAUGCUGCGCGCGAGCGUGGCCGAUGGAAACCCCUGCCCACUACCCAACUGCAAAACGACGAAUUGGGCGCCUGUGUUUUACGUGCCCAUUGUCAUUUGCUUUGCCCUCAUGAUCGUGCACCUGUACUUGGCGGUCCUCGUCGACCACUACGUUGCGGUGGCGCGGAUGAAGGCGAGUGUGACGCGCAUGCACGACCUACGACGGUUUCGCGACCUGUGGUCCGUGCGCGACCCGAACGCGCGGCUCGUGCUGCGGACGAAGGAACUGCCGGAGUUACUUGAGGCACUCCGUCCCCCCCUCGGACUUGCGUCGCGCAACAACCGCGUCGAACUGAUGCGCCUUCUGCGCGAGUACGGCAUCCCUGACCACGGCGGCAAAGUUUACUACUAUGAGGUUAUGCUGCCGCUGGCCCGUCGGGUCCUCGCAAUGGCGUUUAGCGAAGAGGAGGUAAACGACGGUACCACGUUAGAAUCGGUGUGGCGGCAUUCCGAAAGCUUCCUCCGUGCCCUACCGACGGUGCUGGUGCGCCACGCCAGCGCCACCACUGCCCAGCACUUUGCGGCAAGUUAUGUGCAGGCCGCCUACCGUCGUGACAAGGCAUGCCGGCAGAUGCAUCAACUACGGGCAAACCUUUGGCGUGAGGCUCGCAUCGCGUGUGACGAGCAUGGCCUGCCAUACAGAGAUUAUGGCUUUGGUGGGAUCUCCCUGGAGGAUGAUGACCCGCGGGAGGAGGCCGCUCGUCGUGGUUUAUCGAUAGACAGUCCGGAGGGAAAGAGAAAGCAGAAGACGGCAGCUGAUGUCACUGCAGCGGCAGCCGCCGCCGCCACUGCCGGCCGCUCCGCGUCCUCCACAAGGACCAGCGAGGAGAGUGUGAACAACCAGCUGCCGGCUGCACGUCUUCCAGGGCUGUACCAACCGGCGAUUGACGAGAAGGAGAAGCGGUUUGGUCCGGAAGUGCCCAACGCCGUCCGCCGCCACGAGACCCGCUCCGACAAACUUCGCCGGAAGGAGGAGGAGCGUCAGCAACAGCACGAUCCUUUGGACCGGCAGCCGUCUAUACCAGCGGGCCCACGCCCCUCCGCGCAGCGCGCGCACAGCACCGACUACCAGCCGCCGCUUGGGACGGACCCGAGUGCGUGGCUGCAGAGCGAGAUAGACCGCCGUAUGAGCGCGACCGGCCCGACGUCAGCCUCCGCCAUGAAUGUUGCUGGCACGGGCAGCGGUGCCUCCCAGCCGCAGGCCACGGCGCCUCCAUCGUAG